AAAAAUCUUAGUUCAUUAUGAAUAUAAUAUUUAGAUAAAGCUAAGAUAUUUACCCUGUUAGUGGGAUUUUCUGUGAUGGAAAGAUUAAUGAACUAAUUUAGUCAGGCUAGUGGUUGAAUUGUGGCAAGAUUCUGUAACUACAAGACAUCGAACUUAUACCCCAUGUUGAAAAAUAUAACUUUUGAUACGAGAUUUAUAUGGUUUAUAGAGUUAAUAAUUAACUUUUAAGAUAUGAUUAUCCUAAUGUUUAUAUUAUUUUUAUACGGUUUCUCAGUUAUUCUAAUCUUAUAAAUUCGUUUUCUGAUUUCUUUUGAGAUUGGGUUGGCUUCAUAUCAGUAAAAGCAGGCAUGAGCAUAGAACAAGAGAAGGAAAAGAGAGAGAUAGAGGGGGAGGAGUCAGAAGAUACAAAGCUGCAGGAGUCUGAAGGGCCAAAGAGACUUCAACCAUGGCUGCAACAAAUCUCAAUAAGGGGACUCAUUGUAAGCAUUUUUAUUGGAAUCAUAUACAGUGUGGUAGCCAUGAAGCUGAACCUCACAACAGGCUGGACGCCUAAUUUCAAUGUCUCUGCUGCACUUCUUGGCUUCGUGUUUAUCCGAACAUGGACUAAAAUUCUUCACAAGGCUGGUUAUGUAUCAAGACCCUUCACUCGCCAAGAGAAUACUAUGAUACAAACUUGUGCUGUUGCAUGUUACAGCCUUUCUGUUGGAGGUGGGUUUGCUUCAUAUCUAUUGGGAUUGAACAUGAAGACGUAUGAGUUAUCAGGGGUGAACACUCCAGGGAACUCUCCGAGAGCUGUCAAAGAACCUGCACUUGGCUGGAUGACUGCCUAUCUUUCUAUAGUUUGCUUUGUUGGCCUUUUUGUUUUAAUCCCUCUCAGGAAGAUUAUGAUAGUGGACCUCAAGUUGACCUAUCCAAGUGGUCUGGCAACUGCAGUUCUCAUCAAUGGGUUUCAUAGCCAGGGAGAUCAAACGGCCAAGAAACAAGUUCGUGGAUUCAUGAAGUAUUUCUCAGUGAGCUUCUUGUGGGGAUUUUUCCAGUGGUUUUACAGCCGUGAGGAAACCUGUGGAUUUAAACAUUUCCCUACUUUUGGAUUGCAAGCCUUCAAACAAACAUUCUAUUUUGAUUUUAGCAUGACUUAUGUGGGAUCAGGGAUGAUAUGUUCCCACUUAGUGAACUUGUCUUUGCUUCUUGGAGCUGUUCUUUCUUAUGGAAUAAUUUGGCCACUCAUCAAUCACCUUAAAGGGCGUUGGUUCUUAGAGAGCUUACAAGAAAGCGACAUGAAGAGCUUGUAUGGCUACAAAGUUUUUCUUUCAGUUGCUCUCAUUCUAGGAGAUGGGCUCUAUAAUUUUCUCAAGAUACUAAUUCUCACACUCAUCAACAUCUAUGGCAGACUUAAAAAGAAGAAUCUAAAUGCAGCUGAAGAUGGCAAGGAGGAGUCCCGGGAAGAUCUUAAACAGAAUGAAUUGUUUAUGAGAGAAGGUAUUCCAAUGUGGAUUGCAAUUGCAGGAUAUCUUGUCUUCUCCAUCUUGUCCAUAAUUGUGAUCCCAAUCAUGUUUCCUCAACUCAAGUGGUACUAUGUUGUCAUUGCCUACAUUCUUGCUCCUUCUCUGUCGUUCUGUAACGCUUAUGGCGCUGGCCUCACCGACAUGAACAUGGCUUAUAACUAUGGAAAAGUGGCACUUUUUGUUCUUGCUGCAUUGUCUGGAAGAGAGGAUGGACUGGUGGCGGGGCUCGUUGGUUGUGGCCUCAUUAAAUCUGUUGUUUCAGUUGCUUGCAUUCUUAUGCAGGAUUUUAAAACAGCCCAUUACACUAUGACCUCACCUAGGGCGAUGUUUCUGAGCCAAGCAAUCGGCACAGCUAUAGGGUGUGUGACGGCUCCUCUCAGUUUCUUUCUAUUCUACAAGGCAUUCGACGUGGGAAAUCCCCAUGGGGAGUUUAAAGCUCCUUACGCCUUGAUAUACAGAAACAUGGCCAUCAUUGGCGUUCAAGGCUUCUCAGCACUACCCCAACACUGCUUACAGAUCUGUUUUGGUUUCUUUGCCUUUGCGGUGGCAGUGAACAUGUUAAGAGAUGUUUCACCGCAAAAGGUUGGGAAAUGGAUGCCACUUCCCAUGGUGAUGGCGGUGCCGUUUCUGGUGGGAGCUUACUUUGCAAUUGAUAUGUGUGUUGGGAGUUUGGUGGUUUUUGUGUGGCACAAAUUGGAUACCAAGAGGGCAGAGUUAAUGGUUCCAGCAGUUGCUUCAGGAUUAAUUUGUGGGGAAGGCCUCUGGACUCUCCCUGCCUCAAUACUUGCUUUGGCCAAAAUAAAGCCUCCUAUCUGCAUGAACUUUUCAGGCCCUAAUUCCUGAAGGAGCCUGACAAACAAGCAAAGGGCAAACAUAACCAAUCUUCCAAAGUUUAUGCUAUUUAGUUUCAGAAAUACAUCCAAGAAAUACCAAGUUAAAAAUGCACAUUGUCGAUCCCUAUAUGAAAUAAAUUGAGAAAUUUAGCAA